UGCACACAGACAAUGAGCUCUCAGGAAUGACUAGCAUCCCAGUGUAGGACACAUGGAACAAGAUACAGCACUGGGGAACAACAGCAGGGACUGAGUGUGACAUCAGAACAAAGGCAAUGUCCCAGCGUGUGAAUGCUUCCCAAUGUGGUGGGGUCAUGGCGGAGCUCGAGUCUGACAACAUCAGGGAUGCAAGAAAUAAUAAAGCUAGGAGUAUACCAGGUUCAGCUCUUAUCUACCUCAAAGGUCCCAAGUUUCUCAUCUAUGUCAGUGGAGCAUUGUCAAUGUGGGGUGACCGCAUGUGGCACUUUGCUAUCUCUGUGUUCCUGAUUGAGCUGUAUGGUCGUAGCCUGCUGUUGACUGCCGUGUUUGGACUGGUAGUAGCGGGGUCGGUGCUGCUGCUUGGUGCUCUACUUGGAGACUGGGUUGACCGCAAUCCCAGGAAUAAAGUUGCACAUGCAUCUCUUUUCGUCCAGAACAUCUCAGUGACAGUGUGUAGCAUUGUGCUGAUGCUGGUGUUCUCAUAUAAGCAAAGGAUUGAACAGAUCUGGGAUGGAUGGCUCACUGUGGUUUGUUAUACGGUGGUGAUCAUCCUGGCAGAUGUGGCAAACCUUGCAAGCACAGCGCUGACCAUUGCCAUUCAGAGGGACUGGAUUGUGGUUAUAACAGGCUACAACCGUGGUCACCUAGCUGGAAUGAAUGCAACCAUGAGGCGGAUAGAUCAGGUGACCAACAUCCUGGCCCCACUAGCAGUGGGACAGGUCAUGACCCUGGCCUCUAAUGUGGUAGGCUGUGGCUUCAUCCUGGGCUGGAACCUUGUGUCUCUCAUUGUGGAGUUCUUCUUCUUGUCACGGGUGUACCGCAUCGUCCCCGCUCUAUCAGUCAAACCACCUGGGGUAGAGGUGGAUGAAGUGUAUCUGCAGAGGAUGGAAAGGAGAAGGUUACAAGCAGAAGGUAAUGUCGCACAACCUCAGCCUCUGACCGAAGGAAACUGUAACACAAGACUGCAGCUAAAAGAAAUCACAGACCUGCCGCUGUGUUUCCGGCGGUUUCGUUGGUUGAUGAGCACUUGUAAGGACGGCUGGAGGGCCUACUAUCGCCAGCCUGUCUUCCUGGCAGGAAUGGGUCUGGCUUUUCUAUACACAACAGUACUGGGCUUUGACUGCAUCACCACCGGUUAUGCCUAUACUCAGGGUAUAAGUGGCUCUCUCCUUAGUCUACUGAUGGGUGUAUCUGCCAUCACGGGGCUAUUGGGCACUGUGAUGUUCACCAGACUCCGGAAGACCUAUGGCCUGGUUAAUACAGGUAUCAUCUCAAGCUGCCUCCACCUGGGCUGCUUGCUGCUGUGUGUGUGCUCCGUGUUUGCCCCUGGCAGCCCUAUGGAUCUCAGCUUGCUGGUGCCCGACGUUGCCGCCAACUCCUCCGAGCUUGGCGGGAUGGGAAGGCAAAGGCAGAAGCACACAUAUCCACUGGGUGGAGGCAGCAAUCAACCGCUGCUUCCUGACCGCUCAUCCAUUCACUGGACCAACAACACUGUGCUUUUUGACAAUGUGCCUUCUGGCACAGCGCCAGAAUCCUACGUCUCCAUCAUCCUGCUGUUCUUGGGCGUCAUCACUGCACGCAUCGGGCUUUGGUCCUUCGACCUGACAGUGACCCAGCUCAUGCAGGAGAACAUCUGUGAGUCCGAGAGGGGUGUGGUCAAUGGAGUGCAGAGCUCUAUGAAUUACCUGAUGGAUCUGCUCCACUUCAUCAUGGUCAUUUCCGCUCCACAGCCACAGCACUUUGGCAUCCUCGUCAUCAUUUCUGUAUUGUUCAUCACCGUCGGACACACCAUGUACUUCCUCUAUGCUCACCAAGCCAAACGAAAAAGCCGCCUCAACACAUAGAGAGGCCCACACAUCCAGGCACGAGAUGCUCACCAUCCGCACUGACUCCUGAUUCAUGACAUGAAUGUCUCCUUCCCGUUUCUUCAGCAAAUCGUACUGCAACACUUUCAACUCAGCCAUUCACGUCAGCACGACCACAGCAAGUGCCUGUCGCACCUCAGUUGUUUCCUUCUGAUGGGCCAUGAGCCACAGCAGCCGACAAGAACUCAGGAGAAGCAGAGUGGGAGACUCGCUCUCCCUUUGUGUACACUACAGGUGAAAUAGAGAAAUCUAAUGUAUGAAAAAUAAUGGCUCGGCCUUGGCAAACCCUGUAGGAUAAUGGAGAGACUUUUAUCAAUCAAGCUUGCUAACUUCCAUAGCUAUUUUGGAUGAGAGGGAAGUUGGAUGGAGAGGGUUUUUUUAACCAGUGAAGAAUUGGUGUGGAGAGCAAAAUUUAGUGGUGAUUCAUGAGAAUUUAUACAAGUCAACACAGUACUUCUACAAGUGGCAUCGAUGUUACUGAUCCGUCCACUUGGAAAUAUUCCAGGAAGUCCAAAAUGGAAGAUAAAGGGAAACUGAUGUGAGAUUGGUUGAUUAAAUAAACAGAAUCGCAGCCCCCCUUUUGAUGGACAGAUGGACAGAAGUGAAAGAACAAAGUAUUUCCUCACCCUGGUUUGUUUCUCUGUGGAUAAAUCAAGCAAACAUUUGCCAUUCUUUUAC